AUGUCACACGGCCAGACGGUUUUAUAUUUAAAACUAAUCGCUUGGUUAUUUAUUAAAUUAUGUACGAUUAGCCAUGAAAUGUACCAAGUUCAUAAGAUAAAUUCGAUUAGUACUAUAUACCCAGCAGCUAAAACGUAUAUAAAACAGGCUGUUAAGACUGAUGCUUUUAGUUUAAGUUGCAAGAGCAGCAGGAGCAAAGUCAUGGAGGAUUGUGAGAUAAUUGGAAUGAUAUUCGAAAUCAUUGGGGAUAUGCUGUUUGGCAGUGAUACCUCAUCAGAUGAUGACUACGAUGAGUCGAGCACCUAGAUUAUUAUUAUAAUCCGCGAACCUAAUAGAAGUAAUCAAAUGGAUUAAUCCAAAUAAACCAUACAAAGUACAAUUAACCUUCGAACUAAAGCUAUAAAUACAAAACGAAAAUUGUGGAACUACCAAAGUAUACAACCAACAACAUGGACUGCUGUGAGCUGCCGGAAAUAUUUUUGAGCUUCCUCAACGACCUCUUCUUCUCGGACAUAACUGAUGAGGAGUACUUUGGCGAUUAUUACGACAAUUACAAUUGAAAUAGACCAGCGAUCGUGAGCAAAUAAAUUUGAUAUGAGCAUUUA